AUGCCCGAAUCUCCUCAGAAAAAACAUCUGGGACAGGGUAUCCAGAGACAAAACGAGCAGUACGACUGCCAAAACCAACUCUCAACCAUCGGAAUGCGCAUUCGUCAGUCCGUCGACCGCGGGUACCAAAUCAGCGCAGGACUCGCCACUCAACAACAACAACAACAACAACAACAACAGCACCCAGAGGCGCCACGUGACGCAUGCUUUGUGCAGGAUAACUCGGAAAUGACCAUCCCCAUGUACAAGAGAGUGCCCAUGCCCGGGUCCAAGCAGCCACCCAUGCUAGUAAACGCACGCACCGUGUCGAGCUCGAGCUCGCUCGAGAUGUGGGAGCAUCAGCUGGACGAGAGACUCGAGUUGAUCGACAACGACAUUAUGCGCAACAAGCGGGCCUUCGACCAAGUAGAGGACUGGUGA